UCCUCUGGUUUCAGCGGAGCGCGCUUCUGCGGGCUGGAAGGCUGGCCCAGCAGGAGAAGUAGGGGAAAGGGGAGUGACGAGGGAGGGGAAAGCCCGAUUGCAACACCGGGGAAAUAUAACGAGACCUUCAGCCUGACCCUCUCGAGAGGCGGCGAGGAAAAGCCAGUCCCGCAGCAGCCAUGGCCCUGCUCAGAGGUGUGUUCAUUGUUUCUGCCAAGAGGACCCCCUUUGGGGCUUUUGGAGGCUUGCUCAAGGACUUCACCGCCACAGACCUCACGGAGAUAGCGGCACGCUCAGCCUUGUCUGCUGGCAAAGUGUCUCCUGAAAUUAUCGACAGUGUGGUUGUGGGCAACGUCAUGCAGACCUCUGCAGAUGCUGCCUACAUUGCAAGGCAUGUCGGUUUGCGUGUCGGAAUACCAAUCCCAGUUCCUGCACUGACAAUCAACAGAUUGUGUGGGUCAGGCUUCCAGUCCAUCGUCAACGGAUGCCAGGAAAUUUCCCUUAGAGAAUCAGAGGUGGUCCUGUGUGGUGGAACAGAAAGUAUGAGUCAAGCGCCCUAUGUUGUUCGAAAUGCACGCUUUGGAACAAAAUUAGGAGUCGAUCUCAAGAUGGAAGACACACUGUGGGCAGGGCUGACUGAUCUGCACAUUAAGACCCCGAUGGGUGUUACAGCUGAAAACCUCGCUGCAAAACAUAACAUCACAAGAGAAGACUGCGACCGUUAUGCGUUGAAGACACAGCAGAGGUGGAAAGCUGCUCAUGACGCUGGUCACUUUGAGGCGGAAAUGGCACCCAUAGAAGUGAAGAGCAAGAAAGGCAAACAGAAUAUGGCCCGGGACGAACACCCGCGACCCGAGGCAACAUUGGAGCAGUUGGGAAAGCUUCCGACAGUCUUCAAGAAAGAUGGGACUGUCACAGCCGGAAAUGCCUCGGGAGUAUGCGAUGGAGCUGGAGCAGUGAUCAUAGCAAGUGAAGAAGCUGUUAAAAAGCACAGCCUUACUCCAUUGGCCAGGAUAGUAGCCUAUGAUGCUACUGGAUGUGACCCCAAUAUCAUGGGCAUUGGUCCGGUACCCGCCAUUACCGAAGCCCUGAAGAAAGCUGACCUUUCCCUGAAGGACAUGGACUUGGUUGAGGUCAAUGAGGCGUUUGCACCACAGUAUUUGGCAGUGGAGAAGGUUUUGGGUCUGGACCCAGAGAAAACAAAUGUCAACGGAGGAGCCAUCGCAUUGGGUCACCCACUGGGCGCAUCAGGAUCAAGAAUCAUUGCUCAUCUAGUCCACGAACUACGGCGCCGUGGAGGUAAAUAUGCCAUCGGUUCUGCUUGCAUUGGCGGUGGCCAAGGGAUAGCGGUCAUCAUCCAGAAUGUAGCUUAAAGGACAUGCUAAAGCCUCCGGUGGACGGAUGCUGAGCUCCACACCACGUGUUACACGCUAACUCGAACAAUUCGAAGGGAAGAUGAUGGUUCUGCUUGUGUGCAGCUUCAAAAACUGACUUGUAUUAAUGAUCUGGCAAAGUGAAGAAAAUGACUAGACAAAAAGCAAAGAUAAUCUUUAAUUCUGCUGUGCAAGUGCAGCUAUAAUUAUAACUGAUCUGCUGCCUCCUGCUGAGUUCAGCUUUGAUCCCAUAAUAAGAAUAAUUUUUCCUGAAUAAAUAUGAAAACCCCAAGGAUCUACCUAGCAUACCUUACAGCACAGCAAAGAUGUACCUGCAGCCAGUUAUUUUACCCAUAUUGUUUUCCAAGCUGUUGCCUUGUCUCAGUGAAAGACUUUUUUUAAAUGUAGGUCAACAAGGAAUUUUGCAUUGAUAGAAAAUGCAGGUUACUGUCAAGCAAAUUUUGCAUAAAGUGUGCCUUGUUCCCUAUUAAGAAACAAAGUAUGAGAAAACCAAUGUGCCUCUCCAUAUAAAAAUAAAAAGUGCAUUAAUCUGAA